AUGCGCCGGUGGUCGUCGUCGUCCGUCGCAGUGCGCGCCCUCUCGUUCGCCGCCGUCGCGCACGCGUUCUCGCCGACGCGCACGUUUACGAUGGCGUCGCGGUACGCCGCGCAUCCGGCGACGCGCGUCGAGCAAGCCAAGGAGGCGGGCCCGAAGGACGGGCCCAACGAGACGAUCCGGGCCCACCUCUUCUGCAAGCCCGCGACGGACGGCGUGUCCGUCGGCGAUUGCCCCUUCACGCACUACGCGCGCAUGGCGCUGGCCAUCGCGGGCAUGGAGUACAUCGAGACGCCGCUCGCGCCGGGCGACAAGCCCGGGUGGCAUCUCGAAGAGCACGGCGGGUCCAUGCCCUGCUGGUCGCCGCGGGGGCUCUACAACGGCGAGGGCGCCAUCUCGGACAGCGGCGCCAUCGCGAAGAUGGCAUUGCCGGCGUCGGCCGCGGACGACGCGGCGCUGGGCGCGUGCGGCGGCUUGUUCCUCGGGAUCGCCAAGUACCUGAAGAACUCCGACGACGCCAAGGACGGAGAGCUCAAGGCGGGCCUCGACGCGGAGCUCGCCAAGCUCGAGGCGCUCCUGUUCGCGACGGACGGCCCCUUCCUCGCGGGCGCGGCGCCGGGCGUCGCCGACUGCUCGGUCGCGACGAAGCUCUACGUGCUGCUCGUCGGCGCGGGCCACUACAAAAACUACGUCCUCGACGCCAAGUACCCCAACGUCGCGCGCUACUACGCGACCGCGUCGUCCCACCCGGCCUUCUACGCGACGCGCUACCCGGAGAGCGAGAUGCUCGCGGGCUGGGGCGAGGCGCGCGGCGGCGGCCACUGA